UUCUUUUUCUUGGGGAAUGUUCAUUUGUAAGGAUGCUUGGAAGAAUUCUCCUCUUAACUUGUGCCCUGGCACCUGUCGUGGUUGCAGAUCUCUGUGAACCAGGGGCACCGGAAGCCUUUAAAGUUCGUAUUAGUGUCAAAGCCGCACUGGGAGAUAAAGCAUAUACCUGGAACUCUGCAGAAGAAUAUCUCUUUAAAGCUGUCAUGGCCUUCACCAUGCGCAGUUACACACGCGACGAAACAUUUCAGAUUUCCAAUAUUUUGCUCUGCAACGUUACAAAGAGAGUCUCUUUCUGGUUUUUAGUUACGUCUCCUUUGAACGACUCCGUUCCUUUCCCCGGCGCCAAGGUAGAAGCAGCGAUCAGACAUGAAAGAAACAGGAUCAACAGCGCCUUUCUUUUAAAUGACAAAACACUGGAGUUUUUAGAAAUCCCCCCUACGAUGGCUUCUGUUUCCGAGUCUCGCAGAUCGUCUUGGCUUAUUGUGUUUGGAGUAAUAGUCGGUUUAACCUCGGUGGGAGCCAUGUACCUUGUAGUGUCUGGAGUCAGACGGCAAAUGAAAAAAAGGAAAACAGAAGAAGGAGAGCAGGAACAUGAAUUUCAAGACAGGGCGUCUGCCGUAAAGACGAACGAAAAUGGACCUGAUUAUGAGAACUUGAGUUUUUUUUAACUGGCUGGAAGAAAAUAUUUUGUUUUUGCACAGAACCUCCAGAAAUAUGUCCAAUAUGUCCAAAACAAUUCUCUUUUAACUUUCCACUUUACAGCCCAAAAAAAAAGGCAAAUUCAAUAUGCGUUUUAUUUAUUAAAGAGAUCCAUGUUUUCAUUU